GUAGUGGGCAGCGGAGGAAGAGCGCGGUAAUCGGCGCCAGUGGGACCGCGGCGAGUGGAGAAAGCUGCGAGUGUCUGUGGUUAGCGCGCAUUUCCCGUCCCCCUCCUCUUUUUUUUAAAAAACUCGACAUGGCUGACCAACUUACUGAGGAGCAGAUUGCUGAAUUCAAAGAGGCAUUCUCCCUCUUUGAUAAAGAUGGUGAUGGCACCAUCACAACGAAAGAAUUGGGGACUGUAAUGCGAUCUUUGGGACAGAAUCCGACUGAAGCAGAGUUGCAGGACAUGAUCAAUGAAGUUGAUGCAGAUGGUAAUGGAACUAUUGACUUUCCUGAGUUCUUGACCAUGAUGGCCAGGAAAAUGAAAGACACGGAUAGUGAAGAGGAAAUUCGUGAGGCAUUCCGUGUAUUUGACAAGGAUGGUAAUGGCUACAUCAGUGCGGCAGAGUUGCGUCACGUUAUGACAAACCUAGGGGAGAAAUUGACAGAUGAAGAAGUAGAUGAAAUGAUUAGAGAAGCAGAUAUUGAUGGUGAUGGCCAAGUCAACUAUGAAGAAUUCGUACAGAUGAUGACUGCAAAAUGAAGAAUUUUACCUUUUCCCCUUCCUAGAAAAAAAGUUGAAAUCUUUUACUUACCUCUUGCAAAAUGUUCAUUUAUUCAUUCUGUUUCUGUAUAGCAAAAGUUACUGAAUGUCAAAAGAAAAAAAAACCUGUCCACAAACUCUGCAUGUAAAUGAUCAGUGGUCCUGUCCCCAAAGAUCUUCAAGCCAUGCAUCAGUAAAACUUGUACUACCUUAAAAAACAAAGGCAAUUGGACUCUAUGAAGUUCCAUGCUAAUAAACACACUGUUUGGGCUGGCCAGUUUUUCAUGCAUGCAGCUUGACAGUUGAGCACAGCCUGGCUCUGUUAAUUCCACUUUUAUGUUCUUCGUGGGAAUAGUUUAGUUUUUCCAGUUUGUAUAUUGUACCAGGAUCAUUCCUGAAAAGUUGGUUAAUUUUUGAGUGCUAAGGCAAGAAAAAAAAAAAUCUACAAUAGAAGGUUGUUACUGUAUGACAGUCCCUGGAGUGGAAUUGUUUUCAUACUUAACACGUGCUCACAAAGCAAUUACCAGGAUUGAAGACCUUGAUUUAAAAAAAAAAUUAAAAGGAUGGCAUGUCUGUAUAAAACUUAACGUGUCUGCAUUGCACUAUAGUGAAACGGAUGUCAGGCAAUUUACCGUUCACUGAAUUUUUAAAAAGUUACCUAUGAUGAGGGAGUGUCUUGGACUCUCGUUUAUCUUCUGUUCUGUACCAUAACUUGGAGCCGUCAGAGUAUAUAUCUACAUAGGACUUCAGCACAAUGACGACAUGGCUGUUCAGCAAAUUACAAUUAUGUCCAUUCCAAGUUGUAAAUGCUAGUCUUUUUUUUUUCCAAUAAAAGACCAUUAACUUAAGUCUGUUGGGUGCCAAAUUUAUUUAUCCACUAUUUCAGUUAGUCACAUGACCUGUAGGCGGCCUCAAAUUUAUUUUCUGGUUGGUUUAUCAUAUCAGCCAAUGAUCGCUGUGCUUCAGCUUAUGUAAGACCAUAACCACUAAAGUGGGUGUUUGCAAGAAGUACUGUUUAAAAAAAAAAAUAGGCCUAUUAAAUGAUUUCUAUUCAGUAAAAGUUGAAUGCACCAAAACUGCAGUUCAAGAUCACUUUACCAUGGCAUGUAUUUAACUUGGGUAUAUCCUGAUUAUUUAUUUUUUCAAUUAAAUAAUUUGCUUACUAAAACUUGUCUUUCAUGUUAACUUGUUGCUGCAAUCUAAAAUAAAUUCAUAUCAAACCAAGCAAUUUCCGACCAACUUUUAUAUUUGAAGAUUCCAGAACCAGUAUUCCUGUAUGUAGAAUUCCAAUGUUCUGAAAACUGAAGUAAUUGAAUAUUAAAUGACAUAUUGGCCCUUAAUGUCUUUUUGGAUAACUUUGCCAAUAUUUGCAAUGCAGUUUGCUGUACCUUCCUAGUCAAAGCUGCGGCUGAUUUCCUUCCCUUGGGCCUGUGGUGUUUCAGCUAGGAACUGCAUAUAAUUAUACAACAUGCAAGCCUCUGUGUGCACCAGAGACCUGCCCAAUCCCCAUUCUCACUAUAUCCUCUACUUGGAUCUCCCUGAAGCUUAGUUCUCUUGCUCUCCACUUCCCUUCAACCUGGACAGGUUUGGAGGAUUGAUGAAGGUCUUCCCUGAUUGAGGAGCAGGAUCCAGAUCCAAGAACAUUCCAUGGCUUUUAGGUGCUGAGGUUUCAUGCACCAACUGAUUUAGGAGGAGUGUUCCUGGAUGUAUUGAAGUUGAAGAUCCUACUGGAAGUUCUGAAUUCGAAUUGUGGCCAAGAAUGAUAAACUGGCACUUUUGUUUAGCUAAAUGAGCUAUAAUCCUUUUGGGAAUUGAUGUGAUGGGUCUAUAAUACUGGUAGCUUAUGAUACAUUGCAAUUUCUUUUGAUGCUGUGUUCAGAUGUGGGAGAUACCAGUUUCUCGUGUGCAUCAGAUGAACAAAAGUUUGAAAUUAAUAAAAUGUUACUGUGUUGUAAGUAUAAAGACCAAACUUAAUGCUUUAUGUAUUACAAAGUUUUAGCAAAAGCUACCAAUAAAUGAUCAAUAGUGCUA